GAAAAAACAAUAGGAAAGGCUGAGAGACUUCAACUUGAUUCUUGUCCUUGAUAGACUUGAAUGAAAAAUUACAUCUUAAAUAGAAACACCAAAGUUACUGCCGCAAGUAACUCACCCACAACUUUAAGAUUUUGUGGAACUACAUCCCACGAUUAAAAGCAUGAAGAAAGACAGACUAACCAUGACUCCUAUAAACUAGAUAAUACCAGUCUCCUAUCAAAAGAGAUAUCACAACAUAUUUAUAUACAAGGUAUGGGAUGGUAGACCUAUCAGUUACAACAUAACGGAAAACAUUGAUAGCCUAAUAAUAUCAUAACAGCAGCAGAGAGCAGACAAUGAACUAGUCAUAACUUUGAUAACUGCCUAACAAUAGGCACCAACCCUUACUGAAAAUAAAUUACUGUUAAAAUAAAUCUUAACCCUAAACGAGGAGGACUCCUAAACGAAAGGUACGGACUUUUUUAUCCAAGUUUAGAAAAAGGAAAGUUUUUGUGGAAUUCAUGAUGACACGGACUUGAGCUUUCUCGAGGAAACCAGUUGGAGGGAGGUUUGAGCGCCAUUUUACUCAGAGAUGCCGAAGAUGAUGAUACGGACUACAACUGCUGCUACUUCUUCUUCUUCUUGUUAUUGCUGGAGCAGCAGAGGUAUGAAUUGUUUUCACUCUAACUCCACUUUUCUCCUUUUCGUCAACAAUUACUUUGAUUUCUUUCACUCUCAACCUUCGAAACCGAUCAAAUCUACAAGAACCCAACUAGAGCAGCCAAAAAGAGUCUUACCCAAAAUCACAAAUGUUGAGGAUGCUUUCAAUGUGUUCGAUAGAAUGCUUCAAAUGCGCCCUCUGCCUUCUGUUGUCCGUUUCACUAAAAUCUUGGGUCAAGUUGCAAAAUUGAAACAUUACUCGGCCGUCAUCUCAUUAUAUAACCAAAUGGGUAUGUCGAGAAUUGGACAUCAUGUUUAUACCCUAACCAUUCUCAUAAAUUGUUAUUGUCAUCUAAACCAAAUGGGGUUUAGUUUAUCUGUAUUGGGAAAAUUCUUCAAACUUGGUCUUGAACCAGAUGUCUUUACCUUCAACACUCUAAUCAACGGCUUUCUUCUCAAGAAUAGAGUGGCGGAGGCGGCAGGAAUUUUCAACAAAAUGAUUGCGGGAGGUAAUUGUCAGCCUGAUGUGGUUACUUACGGCAUACUAAUAAAGGGCUUUUGCAUGAAAGGAAUUGUCAGUCUUCGUAAGGAUACACUAGCUGAUGAUGCAUUAAACCUAUUCUCAGAAAUGAUGUGCAAGGGUAUUGCCCCAAAUGUCAUUACCUAUACAUCCUUGAUUCAUGGAGUUUGCAAAUUAGGUGAGUGGAAAGAAGCUACAAGGUUGUUGAAUGACAUGGUGAGUAAAAAUAUCUUUCCAAAUGUGUUCACGUUCAACGUCUUGGUAGACACACUUUGUAAGGAGGGGAUGGUUGGGGAAGCAGAAGGCGUGGUCGAAAUGAUGAUUGAAAGAGAUAUUGAACCUGAUAGGGUUACAUACAAUUCACUUAUGGAUGGUUUCUGUUUGCGAGGAGAAAUGAGCAAGGCUAGAAAAGUUUUUAAACUAAUGCUUAGCAAGGGCUCGAUGGUUAAUGUUGUUUGUUACAACACAUUGAUAAAUGGAUAUUGUAAGCAUAAGAUGAUGGAUGAGGCCAUGAUGCUACUUCGGGAAAUGUCUCGUAAGGGACUGGUUCCAGAUAUCGUUACUUAUAGCACUCUUGUGGAUGGUUGUUGCAAAGUGGGGAAAUUAGGUGUUGCACAGAAGUUGUUCUCUGAGAUGCAAGCUUGUGGCCAACUUCCAAAUGUUCAAACUUAUGCUAUUCUACUGGAUGGCCUGUGUAAAAACCAACAACUUUCUACAGCAAUCCAACUGUUUAAAGAGAUGGAAGGCAAGAAGUUGGAUGUAGAUAUUGUGAUUUACACUAUUCUUAUUAAAGGUUUGUGCGUAGCUGAAAAAAUUGAAUCUGCAAGGGAACUCUUUUGUGGUUUAUCAUCCAGAGGGCUUCAACCGGAUGUAAGGACAUAUACCAUAAUGAUUGAUGGACUCUGUAUUGGGGGCCGAACAAGUGAAGCAGAAAAGCUGCUUUUCGAAAUGGAAGAGCAAGGUUGUUCUCCAAAUGGUUGGACCUACAACGUAAUUAUUCGAGGGUAUAUCAAUAACAAUGAGACAGUAAGGGCGAUGGAACUUAUUCAACAAAUGGUGGAGAAGGGUUUCUCAGCAGAUGCAUGGACUACAGAAUUGAUAGUUGAUCUAUUGUGUAAAGAUAAAGUAGAUCCUGCAUUGUUGCCAUUGAUGCAAAAAGAGAAUUAUGAACUUAAUUUGCCUCGGUUAAAGUUGAACAGAUCUUCUGACCAUCCCAAAAAACAUUGAAGCUCUUCCACCUCUGGCAACCAUGGAUGUGUUAUAUUUGUUAUCUCUUAAUCCAUCAUGUGACAAUGUUGAGUAGUAGAUAUAACUUUACCGAUAAUCGUAACAUCUUUGAAACAAUUGGCGUGUUUUUUUGUACGCAGGUCUUUUUUAGUUUCUUUCACACAAACAUUGUGCAAUUGACUGACUCUGCAUGUUUUUGUUAUUUUGCGGUAUGCAGACCUGGUUAUAUAAAGAUAUCAUUGGGGGAUAUCCUGUGAUCAUGAUAGAGAAAUUUCAAUGUUACUCGUUUAAGGUUGUUAAAUUUAUUAGAGAGAAGCAG